GGGAGGCCUGAGUGUGAGAAAGUGGGGUGUUUGGACCCCCAAAUGGGAGGGGCACCGCCGGGACUGUAGCUAGGGGAGGGCGCGGCCCGGGGCAGCCGCUCCACGCCCCCUACCCCGGCUUCUCCAUUCCCUCCCCGACAGUUCCUUUACAAGUGGGCAAAUACCCCCCGGAAGUAAUCUUCACCCUCCCCCGCCCCGGGGACGGACGCUGUCACGUGGCCGGCCAUUCCCAGCUCGUUAAAAGCCGGCCGCUCCUCCCCGCGGCCCCGCCCCUUCCGGUGCUGACGUCAUGGGAUUCGACACCAGUCUUGCCCCGGCUUCCCUUCAGACCUCGUUCCCCGGAAGUGGUGGGAACGUUCUUCUCGAGCGCUGGUUUCUGCGGGAGGCGAAGAAACCGGACGUACCGGAAGAAACCCGGCGGACUCGUUCUCGGUGCCCGCGGAACUCCUGGUGCCAUGGCGGCCAGCUGCCGGCAGGUGUGGCGGCGGUCCUGGCGCGCUGCCCCCCUGCUGGGCCGGCCUGGUGCCCCCGUUCGGAACGUGACCUCGGAGCCCACGCACGGGCAUGCGCAGCCGGAGACGGCGCAGAGGCAGCUGGCGGACAUGGGCUUCAGCGACAGCCGCGUGGGGGAGUUGUUGCGGAUGCAGCCCGGGCUCCGGCCUCAGCAGGUGGUGGCCGCCGUGGCGGAGCUCUUGCUGCUGGGCCUGGAGCCGGAGCCCGUGUGCGAGGCCUUGAGGAGAAACCCGCAGAUCCUGCGGCUGCCGGGGCAGCGGCUGAAGGAGCGUGCCGGCCAUCUGCGGCGCCUGGGGCUUGGCGAAGGGCACUUGGAGCACAUGACUCGUUGCUGUCCGGAGCUGUUCACCAUGAGCCAGCAGCGUAUUGACACACUCGUCUCCGUCUUGAAGGACAAGUGCCUUUUUAGUGGGCAGCAGGUGGCAGAGAUUGUGGGCAGCUGCCCCCGGGUUCUGCAGGAGGAGCCCAUGGCCUUGGAGUAUAAAUUCCAGUACGCCUACUUUAGGAUGGGGAUAAAGCAGCGCGAUUUGGUGAAGACCAAGUACUUCCAGUACUCGAUGACCAAGAUCAAACAGAGGCACAUCUUCUUAGAGCGACUGGGCCUGUACCAGACUCCGGAUAAAAAGGGACAAACGCAGAUCUGCAACCCUUCUGUGAACUCGAUUUUGAGAGUCUCAGAAGCGGAGUUUUUAGCCAAGACAGCGCACUCCUCUUCGGAGGAGUUUGAGAUCUUUAAGAAGCUCUUAGCUCGGGAGGAACUAGAGGAAGAGGAAGGUCUGCAUGCAUCCGACGAGGAGGACUCCGACCUGUCGGACUCGGACGAUUCUGGCGACGAGAAGGACUGAUGGGUGGUGACGAGCGGAGGAGGCCCAGGGAGCGUUUCGCUUGGGGAAGCCGUUUGCCACAAGGGUCGUUUGAGGGUUCCUCUGGAGGCGUGGGUCUGUGACUAGCCUGGCAGACUUUAAGUGGAGGCUCCAACCUCGCUUUUUGUCCCCCAAUAUGUGCGUUGCUCACCCAGCCUGGCUUCCUCCUGUUGGGAAGGAGUGAGCUGUCGGGGGUUGGUGGCGAAGGUAAGACUGGGAAGGGGCUGGAGGGAAGUCACCCUCAGGGUAUAGCAGCUCCCAGGGGUCCUUGUUCUUAACCUGAAAAUGGCCGAUGCCUCUUAAUUGCAGUGCGCCAUUCUAAAGUUCUGCUCCGCCUUGGGCUUCAUGCUGCUCAUAUACAAGGUUCUGUGAUCACGGCCAGUCCCAGCAAACGAGGAGUCCUCCUUGUGGCCGGCCCCGUGACUGGGCCGUGACUGGGCAGCCUGGUUUCUGUCAUGGGUCAGGCCUUUCUGAGACUGUGGCCUUGAGGUUUCAGUAGCGGCAGUCACAGCAAACUUCCACAUUAUAUCCCCCCAGAAAAGUUGUAUCUCCUCAGGAGGGACUCAGUCCCACAUGGAUGGGAUCCUCGUGGUGGAUCCUGCUAAGGGUCUGGGCUGGGCUCUGGAACACAAGGCCCUGGAAAGCUAGAGGACUCGGCUUCAGAUCCUGGCCCAGCUACUCAGUUUCCUUAUCUGUAAAAUGGGGGGGUUGGGCUUGGUAACCUCAAACUGUGAUCCUGUCAUUUUUCACUCAGGUUUGUUGCUUAGUAUAUCAAGCAUCAUUUACUGCUCUGUGGUGAGCUCACCUUUCCCCCUUAUUGGAUUGUAGAGGAAUGACUAACAAAUUAUUAUUAAACAAAUUACAUUGAAAAAUGUCAAUUAAUGUAAACUUCCUGAGGUUGACCUUUAGAUUUCCUUACGUGCUGACUCCCUCUUACACAACCAAAAAGCUGCUUCAAGAAAUAAAUUGUAUUUUUAAAAAUUCUGGA